GAGAGACCCAGACACUUAUAUUUCGGGGGCGGUGACACCCUCGUCAGUCUGGCCCGGUGCUCCUGACGAAGACGCUGCGGUGGUAGACAGCUCCUGAGCUCCUCGGGCGUCGGAAGUGAUGUGGUCCUCAAGUCGUGUAGCGGUGGCGGUGGCGCUGGUGGUGGCGGCCCUGGCGGCGGUGAUAGUGGCGGAAGCGGACCCUACCUACGGCCACCGCCCCCCGCCCUGCUAUCCUAAGGUCCAUUACGUCACCAAGUACCAGACCAAGUACAAGGACGUACCAGUCUAUCAAACGGUCUACAAGGAGAAGUACAUCCCCACUCCUUACUACGAAACUUACUACCAGACCGUGUACAAGACUAACUACAAGACGGAGUACGUUCCUAAAUACGUAACCGAGACCGUGUACAAGCCCCAGGUGCAGUACCAGACUCACUACGAGACCGUGUACAAGACCCAGUACCAGCCGGAGUACAUCACCACGACCCAAUACGCCCCUAAAUACGUGACGGAGACCGAGUACCAAGACCAUUACGUGACGCAGACCAAGUACAAGACCGAAUAUAAGACAGAGUACGUGCCUGAGUACGUCACCAAGUACGAAACGAAGUACCAGACCCAAGUACGAAACGGAGUACGUGCCGCAGUACCACACGAUCACCAAGACACAGCAAACCUACAAGGACCGUGUGUCCUAAACCUUCCUACGGCUACGGUUCCGGUGGUGGCGGUGGUGGUGGCUACGGUGGCGGCUAUGGUGAUGAUGGUUAUGGUGAUGGAGGGUAUGGCGGAGGGUUUGGUGGUGGUGAUGGUGGGUAUGGAGGUGGUGAUGGUGGGUAUGGUUACGGUCACUGAGGAACAAGUCUCGUCACUGAAAAGCCAAUUAAUGUUAAUCUUAUGACCGCUUGUUUGUUAUGUUAGUGUUGGGGUGUAUGUAAUAAAGUUACUGCGACG